GCCAGUCCUGGAUUUGCUCUUUUAAUAUGAGUAGAUAUGGGAUGAACUACAAACAGUGAGGGGGGAACUACAUCUUGAAAUGUUGUCACACAUUCACACACACCAAGGCUUCAAGUCAACUUGUGAAUGCCUGGCCUCGUACUCAUUUACAAUCCUGCUCACAAAUUCUAGACUCACAAUACAUGAAACUGGGCAGCCCCAAAAAAUCCAAUUUCUACAAAUUGUUUGGGUUGUUAUUCAAAGGAAUUAUUUUGUAAAUCAGUAACUGUGAAUGAAUCAAUAGAUUAAUUGCAAAAUGGCCAAUUGUCAGUUUGUAUUCAACAUCCGCUGUAAAGUGAAGAUAGUCAUUAGAGCCCAUGUGCAGCCCAUCCAUUGAUUCUUUCUCAUCAUUCUAAACAAUUGCGUUGUCAUAAAAUUGCUUUUUAUCUUUUUGCUCCUCCUGUUGUCACAGACGCUGCUCUAGAGAGCAAAGGUUGAUUUCAGUUGCUGAAAGCAGCACAGUUGAUAUUUUUAUUGAGAAACUGGAAUUACAUCACUUUUCUAGGACUUCUCUGAUUCUCAUAUUUGGAGGUCUCCCUUACUGCUUGCUUCCACACUCCAGAAAUUCUUUCAGUAAUUUUGACACGUACAGUUCCAGGAUGAUCUCUAUUUCAUGAUUAUUUCCUCUUUUGGUUUCACAUUCUUUCUUCUCAUCACAAGUGUCAAUGGCUCUAGGUAAUCUACUGUUGGUGACACAAUUCCCUUCUGUAAAAUUGGGUGUCAGAUUAGGUGAUUGAUACGUAACUAGAUCAUUAAUUUAAAAAGUUUAUCUUUUAAAAAUGACUAAAUUUAAAAUAAUAUCUGGAUGUUUUCAACAAUUUUGUCCUAAAAUAUCCCUUUUAUCUUUUUCAUAGUGAAAUGGGGGAAAAUCAGACAAUGGUUAUGGAGUUCAUCCUACUGGGAUUUCGUCUUGGUCCAAGGAUUCAGAUGCUUCUCUUUGGGCUCUUCUCCCUGUUCUACACCUUAACCCUGCUGGGUAACGGGGUCAUCCUGGGGCUCAUCUCACUGGACUCCAGACUGCACACCCCCAUGUACUUUUUCCUCUCACACCUGGCCGUUGUUGACAUAGCCUAUGCUUGCAACACUGUGCCCCAGAUGCUGGUGAACCUCCUGAAUCCAGCCAAACCCAUCUCUUUUGCUGGCUGCAUAACACAGACCUUUCUCUUUUUGAUAUUUACUGUCACUGAAUGUCUUCUCCUGGUGGUGAGCUAUGAUCGGUAUGUGGCCAUCUGCCACCCCCUCCAAUAUUCCAUCAUCAUGAGCUGGAAAGUCUGCAUUACCCUCGUGGUGACUUCCUGGGCAUAUAGCUCCCUCCUGGCUGUGGUCCAUGUGAGCCUCAUCCUGAGGCUGCCCUUCUGUGGGCCUCAUGAAAUCAACCACUUCUUCUGUGAAAUCCUGUCUGUCCUCAAGCUGGCCUGUGCUGACACUAGGCUCAACAAAGUUGUCAUCUUUGUUGCUUCUGUGUUAGUUUUGGUGAAGCCCCUCUGCUUGGUGCUGGUGUCCUACAUGCGCAUCCUGUUUGCCAUCCUCGGGAUCCAGUCAGGGGAGGGCCGCAGAAAGGCCUUCUCCACCUGCUCCUCCCACCUCUGUGUGGUUGGACUCUUCUUCGGCAGCGCCAUCAUCAUGUACAUGGCCCCCAAAUCCCGCUAUCCUGAGGAGCAGCAGAAGAUCCUUUUUCUGUUUUACAGUCUUUUCAACCCUAUGCUGAACCCGCUGAUCUACAGCCUGAGGAACUCAGAGGUCAAGGGUGCCCUGAGGAGAGCAGUGUGCAAGGAAAGUCAUUUCCAAUUGGAGUGACAUUUGAAUCACCAGCCUCGGUAGCCCACUAGAGCGUUGGGUACUGAAUACACCUAAGCUCGUUACUCUCUUUAUAUCUGAGACUGAAUGAUCCAAGAGACUGUAAAGCACUCCCUUUUCCUUCCCAGAAAGUAUUUAGGUUUUGCUGUAUUCAUUAUAUUUAAUUCUAUCAAAUAUUUAUUCUUUUCAUUUAACUGCUUCGUGAGCUGAGAAUAUCUAGGAAAAAAGUCAUUUCAUCCACUGCCAUGGGUCCCAGAAGGUUAAAAGAGCCACUGAAUCUCUGACUUCAUCAGGGCUGCUCAGUAACAGCAGAACAGCAGGUGUUACCAGAUGUAGCCACAUUGCUGACAAUUUUUUUAAGUAGUGCAGCCACAAGCAGAGACCCAGAACCCAUCGAUACCUUUGUCCGUUUUCACCCCACAUUUGGAUGUUUCCCCUCAAUUGUACUUACUCUUACAAACAGUAAAUUUACCUAAAUGCCCCCUUAAGCUUUGGGUAAAAUUGAUAUUACUGAUUAAAUCCUGUCAUCUGUCUUACAAUUUCUGUGGGAAGAAAGUGAGUCCACACAUGUUCAACUGGUCUCCCGGGGAAUUAUCCAACAAAAUCCACUUUCCAAUCUGCUCUGGGCUUUUGAUGGCCACUUGUUUCUAAAGUCUUCUCCCCUUCUCAAGAAGAGUAUCUGUGAUUCUCUCUGAAUAAACACUCCUCACUUAGUGGGAGUUAGCAAGUGCUACAACCCAACUCUCAACUGCAGGGUACGGAUGGGGAAACCCAAGCAGAGUCAACAGAAUGGAAUAAAAAAGGAGUUUUAAUAACAAUACUAGGUAACAUUACUGUUAAGUACUUAUUCUGUGUCAUCCACUGCACAUUGAUACUUUACAGAAACCAUCUCAUUUUUUCAUCAUAACAAAUCCAUUUCCCAUUAUCAUCCUAUUUUAUAGAUGCAAACACUAACAAAUGAAAAACACUAGAUUCAUACCCCAACCAUCUGACUCCCAAGGCUUCUCUACUUAACACAACAAUGCAGUGUAUCAUUAUCAAUGUUAUCCAGUUAGGAAUAAGACUAACCUGUCCCGACACAGGUAUGUUAGGUGAACGUGGGUUUCUUCUUAGUCUAAUAUGUGCCAUGACGAGGC